AUGGCUCCUUCGAAGGUCAUCGGUCCAGCCACCAGAGCGAUUGCCAUGCCGAGGUCCCUUAAUGAGUCUCUCACUUCCCUCUCGCCCCCGGGAUCCUACGCUUCAUCGGCGAAGGAACCCACAGCGAGACAGGUGCUGGCUGCGGACGAGGGACCGGUUACGACCUACGCAUAUCAGGACAAGCUGCAGAAGCUACCCAUCCCGGACUUGGAGAAGACAUGUUGGAACUACCUGGAAGCUGUUAAGCCACUGCAGGCACAUAGGGAACAUGGGGAGACAAAGGCAGCUGUGCAAGAGUUUUUGAAGACGGAUGGCCCAGAGUUGCAGGAGAGGUUGAAGAAAUAUGCCAGUAGCAAGAGCAGUUACAUUGAGCAGUUUUGUGAGUUUUCUUCUGCCGCCAGGUCCAUCGUAGUGUGUACCGAGCUCUUGCUAAAGUUUUCUUAGGGUACGACUCUUACCUCAACUACGAUAAUCGUAAGUUUUCCUUUAGGAGUGUGGGGCGAACACCCGGGCUAACACCACCAUAGCUGUCGUUCUGAACUUGAAUCCAUUGUGGGCCACCUUCCCGAAACGCCUCUGAUCUAAUGCUGAACGGAUUUAGCUUUCUCUUGGAAGAUGAUCCUACGCCAGCAAGAAACAAUCAAGUCACUAGGGCAGCAUCUCUCGUCGUUUCCUCUCUCUCUUUCGUAAGGGCGCUGCGCAAGGAAGAGCUACCACCAGACGAAUUUCGUGGAACCCCGUUGUGCAUGGUAAGGCACCCCACAUGUGAAUUAUAUGAGACAGGAUUCUAGUCUCUUCCCUCAUGAAAUGAUCACAUGUGCUGAUAAAUCACGUGACAGUACCAAUAUCCCCGGAUUUUCAGCACGGCUCGGAUUCCCACGGAAAAUGGCUGUGUCAUGCAGUCUGACCCAGAUGCUCGUCACGUUGUUGUUAUGUGUCAUUCGCAGUUUUACUGGUUCGACGUCUUGGACGAUAACUCGGAUAUCAUCAUGGCCGAGAGGGAUGUCGCACAAAACCUCCAAGCUAUUGUUGACGAUGCAGCAACUACACCAAUUCAAGAAGCUGCCAAGUCCGCGGUUGGAGUACUUUCCACUGAGAAUCGGAGGGUUUGGGCAAGCUUGAGGGAGGUUUUGACCAGAGAUGGAAUGGACAGCAACAAUACCGAGUGCCUGAGGAUCGUCGAUACUGCCUUGUUUGUUCUUUGCCUCGAUUCAACAUCCCCUAAGAGCGGUGCUGAAUUGAGCAUGAACAUGCUUUGCGGGACGAAUGUCGUCGAGAAGGGCGUGCAGAUCGGUACAUGUACCAACCGUUGGUAUGACAAAUUGCAGAUCAUUGUUUGCAAGAAUGGAUCGGCUGGAAUCAAUUUUGAACACACAGGUGUCGACGGGCACACUGUCCUGAGAAUGGCAAGUGAUGUUUAUACCGAUACAAUCCUUCGGUUUGCCAGAACUAUCAAUGGUAAUGCUCCUAGCUUAUGGGCUUCCACUUCCCCUGACCCGAGAAAGCGUGAUCCGGCUAGCUUCGGCGAUGUUUGCACAACACCCCACAGACUUGAGUGGACUAUGGUCCCGGAACUCUCGCUCGCCCUUCGCUUCGCUGAGACUAGGUUGGCCGACUUGAUUCAGCAGAAUGAGUUUGAAGUCUUGGAAUUUGAGCAUUACGGAAAGAACUUUAUUACAUCUAUGGGCUUCUCCCCCGAUGCAUUUGUGCAGAUGGCGUUUCAGGCGGCGUACUAUGGGCUUUAUGGUAGGGUUGAGAGUACUUACGAGCCAGCCAUGACAAAGAUAUACUUGCACGGCCGCACCGAGGCGAUCAGAACCGUGUCAACAGAAUCUGUCGAUUUUGUACGAAAGUUUUGUGAGAACGCACCAGCCGCCGAGAAGCUCGAAGCGCUCAAGAAGGCUUGCCAAAAACAUACGGCAACAACAAGGGAGUGUGCGAAAGGAUUGGGUCAGGAUAGACACCUGUAUGCGUUGUUCUGCGUCUGGCAGAGAGGCCUGGAUGAGGAAUAUCAGUGUACCGAUGGUUCUCUCAACGGUAUGAGUAGCGAUGGAUACGAGUCCUCCCUAGCCGAAGGUAGCUAUGAGCAUAGCCCACCAAACCAAGGACACUCCAGAAGCUUCUCGGAUACUAGCUCAAUUUCUGGGUCUACUAGAGACCAGGGGCAGAAGCCUCCUCAGAAUAUCCCGAGUAUCUUCUCGGAUCCAGGAUGGGAUAAGAUUAAUAACACUAUUCUAAGCACCAGUAACUGCGGUAACCCUAGCCUGAGAUUGUUUGGAUUCGGACCUACUAGCGGUGAUGGCUUUGGUAUCGGAUACAUUAUUAAAGGCGAUAGCAUCUCCAUCUCGGUCAGCAGUAAACAUCGACAAACGAAGCGGUUCGUGGAUACCCUUCAAAGUUAUCUCUUGGAGGUGCGACACAUGCUCCGGCAGACCCAGCGCCACGCUGCUGCUUCUCCCGCCAGGACCCGGGCAAGGGGAAAUGAAGAUCAAACAAUUGAUCCAGCCCCCUUACCAUUGAUGACUACGAGGAUGAAGAGCCGUUCAGGAAGGGCGGUUGGAACAACUAGACAACCUGUUCGUGCUAGAGACGGUGACGAAAGUACUUCGACGACUAGUAGAGAGGAAAGUGAUGGGGAGGGAGGAAUGCUCGGUGGCUAUGGAUACUUUGAUUCUGGAAGUGUUAAGCACUUGCUCAAUAACGAAGUCCAUCGAAAGCCGGCACAGAAGGCUGCGUCAAGGAGGGCGGUUGGAAGAAAGCUGAGAUUGGUGGAGUAUUGAGAGCUCGUCUCUUUCGGGUAGUCAGCUGGGGGAGAAAUGUAUUCUAAUAAUUGCUGUAUGACUAUUGGGUUUGCAAUAUUCGGAGUAGGGGGUGGUGUGGAAUUUUGUUUCAUUGACGCAUUUUGUUUGCCUUAAGCGAAAUUGUUCCCUUUCCUUUGAUCAUUCGAUUUGUGUCAGCACACUUGCUAGAAGUGAAUGAUACCGCCUGUUUAGACUUUGUUUUGGUCAUUAUUAUAUACCUUUGGCAUCGGUCGAAACAUGUAUUGUGCUGGAAUGGAGUGGUUGCCCCCUAUUUCCUGUCAAAUGUGCGGAGGAGGGCCUUUUAAACCAUCUUUCUAUCACCGGCACUUGCGCUUAUUACAGUGUCAGUUGAAAGCUCUGGUAUCACGCGGGAAGGGUGAGAAGACUCUACUAAGCUGUGGCUAUAGAUUAAGGGCCUGUUUGGCGCAAGCAGUUCGUAAAUUGAAAAUAUAAUUUGU